CUUUCUAGCGCCAAUGUUGAAUUUUGGAAACUACAACGACCAAGCGGCUACGGGGCCCGGGCAGGGAGUCAUUUCGUUUAGUUGAACGCCACUGUUGCUUCUGAAGGGUCAACUUCACUAGCCAACAAGUUCAGCAACUGCCAAGUCAUUCGAUUCAACUGGUGAUGACAUGGGAGUCAGCCAGUCUGUGGGCUUUCCGCCUGUCACAGGACCCCACCUCGUAGGCUGUGGGGAUGUAAUGGAGGGCCCAAGUCUCCAGGGGAGCUUCUUUCGGCUCUUCUAUCCUUGCCAAGAGGCAGAGGCGACUUUGGAGCAGCCCUUGUGGAUUCCCCGCAAUGAGUACUGUACUGGCUUGGCGGAUUAUCUGAAGUUUAAUAAGCGCUGGGGGGGUUUGCUGUUCAGUCUGGCUAUGGGAUCUUGUCGCCUGCCUGUUAGCUGGAAUGGCCUCUUUAAGACAAAGGACUCUGGAUACCCUUUGAUCGUCUUCUCCCAUGGCUUGGGAGCCUUCAGGACGUUGUAUUCAGCCUUCUGCAUGGAGCUGGCCUCCCGAGGCUUUGUGGUUGCUGUACUAGAGCACAGGGAUGGGUCAGCUGCAGCCACCUAUUUCUGCAAGCAAGCUCCAGAGGAGAACCACCCCACUAAUGAGCCACCGCAGGAGGAAUGGAUUCCCUUCCGUAAAGUUGCAGAAGGAGAAAAAGAAUUCUGUGUUCGGAAUCAUCAGGUGCAUCAAAGGGUCAGCGAGUGUUUGCAGGUUUUGAGGACCCUUCAGGAGGUCACUGCUGGGCAGACAGUUCUCAAUAUCUUGCCUGGUGGCUUGGAUCUGACGACCUUUAAGGGUGGCAUUGACAUGAGCCGUGUGGCUGUGAUGGGACAUUCAUUUGGAGGAGCUACAGCUAUUCUGGCUUUGGGGAAGGAGACUCAAGUCCGGUGUGCUGUGGCUCUGGAUGCUUGGAUGUUUCCUCUGGAACGUGACUUUUACCCCAAGGCCCGAGGCCCUGUGUUCUUCAUCAACUCUGAGAAUUUUCAGACAAUGGAGAGUGUCAAUUUAAUGAAGAAGAUGUGUGCCCAGCAUGAGCAGUCCAGGAUCAUAACUGUCCUUGGUUCUGUUCACCGGAGUCAAACUGACUUUGCUUUUAUGAGUAGUAACUGGAUUGGUAAAUUCUUCUCCACUCAAACCUGUGGGACCUUGGACCCCUAUGAAGGUCAGGAGACUGUGGCACGGGCCAUGUUGGCAUUCCUGCAGAAGCAUCUUGAUCUGAAAGAAGACUAUGACCAGUGGAACAACCUCAUUGAAGGCAUUGGACCAUCACUUACUCCAGGGGCCCCACACCAUCUGUCCAGCCUAUAAGCACAACUGGCCAUUUGUAAAAGGUCACUGAGCCACAUUCCCAUUUGAGAGCUGCCUAGAGACACCCAUAGCCCCCUAUCAGGGGGUGGUGGCCAAGACCCUUCUUCACAAAUUGACAUGUAAUCAUCCUGCUGAUUGAAUGACUGGGUAAUUAGAUUUUGGACUUAAUGAUUUUAAACUCAUAUUGGGACUUGGAUCACUUAUUGAUUGCCAAACUAUCUUUCAGGGGCCUGGGGCCUAAUGGUAUAGAGAACAAGCAGUGGUGUGGGGCAUGGGGGAGACUCCAACCUUAGCACUAACCCACGAGGUAUUACCUCUUCACCUUGGAUUAAUGUGGUUUCUGCAGUGGGACCAAAAAAGCCAAAGGAUAGAGUAAAAAUUCCUACCUUUAGGACCUCUGGUCCAACUUGGCGCUAUAUCUAACUACCUCUCAACUUUCCCCCUUUCCAGGGCUGCUUGGUGAGUUCUGAGCACUUUAGACAACUUUUAAGGAUCUGGGAUACCAUUAGCUUUUCUUGCCUUCUCGCAGCCUGAAACAUAAUUUUAGGACUCAGUCAGGACCACGCUUACAUUCAUGAAUCCACAGAGGGGGCAGAUAGUCCUCAUAGCAUAGGCAAAGAAACAGGGGACAGAGAAGUGUAUACUUCAGAAUCUCUGUAUGCCCUGGUGUUUUGCUAAGUAUGUUGUACCCAGUGAAGAAAACACACAAGUUGGUGGAGGUGCAGAAGGGGAAUAACAGUGUCACCAUAGCCAUUUUAACAGGUAACUACCAUAAGAGGGAGGUAGUUUUGGUUAUCUAGAGUUUAGGAGGGUCCCUUGGAGAGGUUUGGGAACAUUGAUCUUGCUUCUGACCUUGGAUAUCAUAAGGUUAAACUUGCUCACUAACAGGAUGCUGCUGUCGUCUGUUCUCUGGCUCUGAGGCACUGGCCUCAAAUUUCAGUCAAAUUGUAGACUGAAUUUUCAUUCUGUUCCCUUUAUAAAUAUGAAUGAUACUAAUACUUGUGCUUGUCUGAUGAUAUGUUGGAGCAUUAUAUUUAAACCACUUUAGAGCAAGAUGGGAAACCAUCUGGAAGUAACUUUUUCUUCUGUCCUUUCUUUGUUCACUUACCACUCAUGUCCACAUAGGGAGUGGGGGAAAAACUCUGAAAGAAAAGCUAGAUCCUAGUGGUCUAGUUCAAAACUAUAUAGAAGAUCAAGUAGACUUCUCAUCUCAGUCCAAGUAGAAGAAUCCAGAGGAGAUCAGAACAUAAGGGACAUAUGUCUCUAUUCAAUAGGCCCAAGAUCAAUGCCAAUGAAACAAGCUAGGACUAGGUCUCAGCAGCAGUUUCUGCUAAGAAGUGAAAUGUCAGAUCCACUGAGGCUAUGGACCUUGGGACAAUCUAUGAAUACCAUGAAUACUAUGAAUAGACAUAGUCUAGAAACAUCCACUCAAAUAUUAUACGGCAUGGUUUUGUAUUCCAGCCGCACCAGUUGAACAAAUUUGAACAAAUUACCUUCUUUCCAUUCUUGACUUCUCCAAAAUGACUGAUUUGUUGUGAAUAAUUAGGGGCACUGAGUGAGGAUGUAUAACACAUGGGAUAUCUAAAAGUUUGUUUCCCACUCUCAAAUGUAAAGAGAUUUUUUCCCUUUAUCUUGAUGCUGUUAUUUUUCCUUCUCCUUACCUUAUUGUUUUCUAGCUAAAUUGUUUUUGCUCAGAGAAAAUUACCUAUAUGGCUUUCACUCCUAAAACCUGCUUUUGGCCCAGUAUGAAGUCAAUUUUGUAAAUGUUCUAUAUAUGCUUUAAAAAACUAUCAAGUGGUUGUUGGCUUGAUGUUUUACUCAACAACGCUUUUGGAUUUCCUUCCAUAAGAAUACAAACAGAUAAUAUAAUAGCUCCUUCUACUCUCCAAAAGGGGGGCAGAACCCUCUGUACUCACAGAAGCAAUAGAUACCUUGUACUGGGUUGGUUCUGCAGGUGCUAACAGACCAGUUCUGACAGCAUUAACACUUGAGACCCAGUUUCUACCUUAGAUCCAUAAAUAAUACUGGUACUAUUUUAUAAAGACCUAGAACCUCCCAAGAGAAAGAUUCUGUUUGAAAACUAGAGCCAUCUUCUCUAUUUAGUUUCUUUUGGUAAUGACUCAUUAAUCCCAGGAACACUGGAGUAGGAGAAUUUUCCAUAUAAUUGAAAAUUGUUCUGUGAGCCACAAGAUACUGAUAUUGACUCUUUGAAAUGUAUGGUAAAACACACACACAUACACACAAGAUAAUGCACAGUGUACACAUUUCUUCAUGUGAACUAACUUUCCUUCUCCUCCUCUCUCUCCUCAUCCUUCUCCUUAUUUUACUACUAUUAUUUUUUUUAGAUUGUUUCAGUUAAGAAAAACUGGAUUAGGGAGUUGGGUGGUAGCGCAUCAGGUUAAGCUCACGUGGUGUAAAGCACAAGGACAAAGUGUAAGGAUCCUAGUUAGAGCCCCUGGCUCCCCACCUGCAGGGAGUCACUUCACAGGCAGUGAAGCAGGUCUGCAGGUGUCUAUCUUUCUCUCCCCCCUCUGUCUUCCCCUCCUCUCUCCAUUUCUCUCUGUCUUAUCCAACUACAACGACAUCAAUAACAACAAUAAUAACUACAACAAUAAAAAACAUUAAGGGCAACAAAAGGGAAAAUAAAUAAAUAUUUAAAAAAUUAUAAUAAAAAAAGAAAAACUAGAUUAGUAGAUUAGGGUUUAUAUCAUAAUGGACUAGUAGAUAUGCAGAAGACCUUGAGGCCUGUGGCACCAAAUGUUCUAUCUAGGCUUUGACCCCAGUACCACUAGAUGCUAGUUUAGCUGAGCUCUGGUAAAAUAAUAAUAAUAAUAACUACUAUUAUUAUUAUUUAAAAACUACCCUAAACUAUAUACUAGUAAUAAACAACACCCCCCAAAGCAACAAAAGUUUAUAGUUUUGUCCAUGAGCAUGCCCUUUAAUAUUACUUACAUUAUAGGGACUUUAAUCUAAAAGCAAGGAAGAUGUCUUGGAUUUCUGUUGCAUCUUCUUGUUCCACAUCUGUUUAUAGGACUGUGCCCAUGGAGGUUUCUUACUGGUAGAUUAUUGGGAAGCCUGUCAGUAAGUCAGUUCACUACAGAACAGAAUGAGGUUCUUCAUUCCUUCCUCUUCCAGGACUUACUGGGAUAAGCCUGGUUUAGUUCUUGCUAUACAUCUAGCUAUGUCCCUGAGCCCCCUUGUAGUAUAUAUCUUUUUUUUUAAAGAUUUUAUUUAUUUACUAAUGAGAAAGAUAGGAGAAGAGAAAGAGCCAGACAUUACGCUGGUACAUGUGCUGCUGGGGAUGGAACCCAGGACCUCAUGGUUGAGAGUUCAAUGCUUUAUCCACUGGACCACCUCCCAGACCACUGUAGUGUAUAUCUUGACACAGCUGCCCUGAUCUCUCUUCCUUAAGAAGACUACUGGGGGGGGGGGGAGUUGGGUGGUAGUGCAAAGGGUUAAAUGCACAUGGCGCAAAGCCUAAGGAUCCCGGUUUGAGCCCCCGGCUCCCCACCUGCAGGAGAGUCACUUCACAGGCGGUGAAGCAGGUCUGCAGGUGUCUGUCUUUCUCUCCCCCUUUCUGUAUUUCCCUUCUCUCUCCGUUUCUCUCUGUUCUAUCCAACAUCGAUAUGAUAUCACUAACAACAACAAUAAUAACUACAACAAUAAAACAAAAGAGAAUAAAUAAAUAUUAAAAAAAGAAAGAAAGAAAGAAGACUACUGGGUUCUUAAAGUAAUCACUGUUGGAAUCUAAUCCCAAGACUUAUAAGGCCUUAUGAGGACCCGUCUCACUGUUUUUUUCCAAGUGUAUUUUAUUUGUUUUUGUUUAGUUAGAGUGAGAGAUACAGAAAGGUACACAGAGACCAGAGCACUGCUCAGCUCUGGCUUAUAGUGGUGCUGGGAAUUGAACCUGGGGCAUGGAUGUCUUUUUGCAUAGCCCAUUAUGCUGUCUCCCCUGACCCCCACAUAUUAUUAUUAUUAUUAUUUACUGAUACUACUUUUCCGUGGGUCUAUAAAAUGGCAGAGGGCAGGAGAGACCAUAGUCUAUACUCAGGGUCCAUCCUUUUAGGAAACUCCCUUUUGUAUCAUUAGUCAGAUGUGGAGGCCAAGUGUCCCCAGCAUAGCUUUAUGGCAAAAAUGGUAGAAAUAACAAUGAUGAUAAUCAUCCUAAAGUAAGCAUUUGUUAGGCCCUUACUGUGUCAAAGACAGUGGAUUGCAUGCAUCAUUUCAUUUGCUUCUUAUAGUACUCACGAGGUCAGACUGUAUCUAGCACAAUGCUAAUCUUCAUUUCAUGUAGGAGGUCAACAGAACCUUAGAAGUGGUUUGAUCACUAGGCAAGGCUUUGGCAAGCUUGAACCUAGACAUCAUACAAUGCAGCCAUUUUUUAUGUGACUUAUUUUGAGAUUCAGUAAUGGCCCUGGCACUAUAGAGAAACGAGUUGAGGGAGAGAACUGAGCUUGACUGAAAACUGUUGGCCGGAUGCUCUGUUGAUUUGAUAAAUGAAGAAAGUGAUUUUCAUAAUCAGAAAACUCCAACAAUAUUAGUCUUAUUACUUUGUUAAUUAAUUAAUUUCUCUGAGCUCCUUUUUUAUGAGAAUUCAAAUACUGUAUACCUCUUGGGGCUGUUAUAAUAAAUAAAUGGGCUAAUGCAUAGAAAGCACUUAACACAGUGUCUGUAUUAAGGACUUAAUAAACAUUGGCUAUUA